AUGACACAAAAGCAUUUCGUUCAACUAAAGCUGGGCAGCAAAACCUAUCAACCAGCACGAGUCUCUGCAGAAAGCUGUAAAAGUGUCUAUGAUUUCCUUAGUGCCAUUAAAACAACCACUUUUCCCCGAGUACUCAAACAAUACGACGUUGCUGAACUCGUUCUCUUUGAAGCUGAUGGAACUACUAAAAUCAGUGCUAUGGAUUCUAUUAACCAACUCGAUGAAAAGAAAAUGCCUCUUGUUGCUGUGGUGGAGCCAGUAGAGAUUUAUCCUAUUCCUGGCUGUAAAUCUAAAGGAAAACGCUGUGUUACUAUUGACGAUGUAUUUGAGAAAGCUUACGAAGCAAACCCAGAACCAAAACCACAGUUCAAGAACAGAUACAAGCGACUGAAUGAUUUCUAUACUACUGAUGAAUGGAAUAUUCUUGAAGAGUUGAAUAACGCCGUAAAUCCAAAACUGCAUUCGGUUUUACCAGUUCUUUUCGAUGGCCAUUUCAAAGAAGUCAUUCUUCCGAUUGAAGUUAGUCACUUGGGACCAGGGUAUCAAAGAAUUGCAGAAAAGUCAAACGUCGUGUCUGAUGCUUCAUACUUGAUUGUAAAGAAUGAAGGGGGUGUUUCCGGGGGUAGUCCAGACGCAGAUAAAAAACUUUAA